AAUAAUGUCCAGGUCCGCCGCAGGAGCAGUAGCAGCAGCAGGAGGCUUCUUCCUUCCUGGUCGCAGCGGCGGCGUUGUUCGGUCACUUUCCGUGCCUCUCCCUCCGCGGAGCGAUUACUUUGUAACGUUACGCGGCGUGAAAUGUUGAACUUUGAUACUGGUACAUGUUGUUGUUGUUGUUGUUGUUGUUUUUGCGGGAUUGCGGAAGACUGAAGCGAGCUGCGCUGCCUCCCCCGUAGCCAACUGCUGCCUCUGGAAACGAAACUUUGAAGUCGACCUCACUAUGUUCGACUGAUACAAGAACAAGGGAUGGACGGUGAGACAAGCGAUGGAGGAGGAGGUGUUGGUGGAGAACCUGAGGUGGAGGAUGAGUUCACGUGUGCUGGGAUGCUGCGGGGAUCUCUGGCCACCCUGCACGGCACCGUGGAGCGGAUAUUCAGGGUGACGUUCGGGAUCGGGGCGGAUGAUUUGCCGCACGGCAACAACGGGCAGAUUUGGCUGAAACUACGAGGGCAGAGCAACAAUGUGAAAGCUGCUAAAUUAUUUGUGAAAGGAGUUGUGAACCAGGAGGAGCAGCAGGAGGUUUCCUACCCCGGGUUCCUUCACUGUGUCUUCUGUGGAGCCAGAGGGCUGUUCAUGGACUGCCUGAUGAAAAGCACCUCAGCACAUAUAGUGGUUGGCUCUCCGGGAUCCCUGCUUAUAUCAGGUCUGGCGGAGCCGGUGGUGCGAGCCUACUCCCUUAUUACCGAUCUGGUGGAUAGAUAUGAGGGCACACAGUCCAAACGCUCUGAGAUUGGGGACAGAGGCUGCGGUGAGUCCCUGGAUUCACGCCGGGCCUUCAAAACUCUGGUUGAGAAAUGGGAGGACAGGCACACCCUGGAUCUUCUGGUGCUUCCAGGGUCUGUGAAGGAAAUCUUGCUGGACUUGGUAAAAGAAUCGGGACUUGUAUUGAGCCCGAGGGCGGCAGCGACAGACAGAAACGAAUCGGAGGACAGAUGGGACAAACCCCCUGCCAUUACGCACACGCUCCCUGAGCCCUCCAACACUAAUGAUCGGUGGGUUGAAGGGAUGACUGCAGGUUCAGGAAAAGACGUUGCAGCCGCAUUUGCAGGCGCCCGGGGGAGAGCAGAGGGUGCUGAGGAAAGACUGACACAUUCUCCACAGGAGGUAGGAGAGGAGGGGCAGCCAGAGAGGAGGGAAACAGUAGGUACCAAAGAAGAAGACGGGCCUGAAGGGGAGGAAGAACAGGAGCAGAAAUUGUCGAUGGGAAACAAGGAGUUUUGGCUUCUUUUGAAGUUCUUCACAGCCAUGGGGUACACAGACGAUGUCGUGAAACGAGUACUUGCCCGAACGGGACCUAAAGAGGCCUCACAGAUAUUGGACUUGGUUCAACAGGAGCAGGAUCGCAGCGACCGGGAGCAGAUGACUCAAGGUGGCGCAGAGCCAAAACAUAAAGAGGGUGUUAUGCCGAAUAAGAGCGAGAGGAACCGACCCUGCGAGACGGAGCACAGGGAGGCCGAAGAAGCAGCAGGAGGAGAUAAGGCGAUAAGGUGUAAUGGAGAGGUGGGAGAAGUUCGUGAAGGAGAGGGGCAUGGAGCGGCAGGAUGCACAAAACACUUUGAGGGAGGUAGUGCAGAGGAAAAGGAGGAAGGACACGAGGAAGACUUCGUCCUGGGAGUGUUGAAGAAAGCUGCAGCCAGCUGUGGGUACACCGAACACAAAGUGGCCAAAGUCUACAACAUGUUGCCCGAUCGAUCCACCCACCAGCUGCUCCUGGAGCUGCAGAGAGAAGGGAGCAAAGAGACAGACUUCAGGGAGGGUCCAAGAGAGAUGGAUGAUGUGGUGCUGGAGAAAGACGGACCAAAAUUCGGACCACCAGAGGACAAAGAAAAGAGAGAAUCCGAUGAUGAAGGAUGGGUAGAAUUGCCCAACUUAACUGCACCUGUUGCAGAGGCAGAUUUGUUUCCUUGGAUUGAUAAACCCCAGCCGGCAAAGCGACACCAGCCUUCAAAGUCACAUAUUCCACGCCAGAUCAUCCUGCCUGAAGUCAAAGGACCACCCGUGCCUAUUUAUCCCACAUCCCUUGAUCCCCCACCCAAUUUCCAAACUCACAAACAGUACGACCAAAUCAUGCACUGGCCCAAUACAUCCACCUCAAAACAAAGUCAUUCAACUCACACCAAGGUCUUAAAUCCAAAACCCCAAUCCUCCAACUCUGUAAAACAAACACUUCAAGCCCCUCAGCCCAACAUCUUCCUCAGGAACGACUCGUCUCCCACCCGAUGGAGGGAAAGACGGGGUUUCACGCCUUCUUCUUCAGUGGUGGUGACAGGCGAGCAGCGUUUCCUGGAGGGGCUGCAGACGCCGUUUGAACUCAAGCUCGCAGACAAGCCGGGAGCCCCGAAACUGAGGACGAUCAUCAUUGACGGGAGCAACGUGGCCAUGAGUCACGGUUUGGGUCACUUCUUCUCCUGUCGAGGAAUCGCUCUUGCCAUCCAGCAUUUCUGGGACAGAGGCCAUCGUCACAUCUGCGCCCUCCUGCCACAGUGGAGACAGAAGAGCGACCCCCGGAUCAAAGAGCAACACUAUCUGACUGAGCUGCAGAAGCUGGGCCUGCUCUCCUACACCCCCUCCAGAGAGGUCCAGGGCAAGAGGAUCAGCUCGUAUGACGACAGAUUCAUGCUGCAGCACGCGCAAAAGACGGACGGAGUGAUCGUUACUAACGACAACCUGAGGGACCUCUCAGACGAGACCCAUGUGUGGAGGGACAUCAUCAAAAAGAGACUACUUCAGUACACGUUUGUUGGGGAUCAUUUCAUGGUGCCGGACGACCCUCUCGGGAGAGGAGGGCCUCACCUGGAUGACUUUCUACGUUCAGAGCACAGGACUCCUGAACCAGGAAACCACUCUUUUGCCGGUGUAGCCACGCAUUUCCCUUCCUCCAAAUCUCCACGUUCCCAAACGGACCUGCUUAGCUUCCGCGACCGAACACCGGUUGGUGGUCUGGACCCGCCGAGCAGAGGGGGCCGGGGGAAAGGGAGAGGGCAUGGGAGAGGGUGGGACGUGGGACACCAACACAGGCAGCAUGGAGCUGCAGGUCCCGGACUGGGGUUCAGAGCUGAGAGGAGUCCAGAGGAAACAGCCCGCCUCAGAGAGCAGCUCUGUCAGGUGUUUCCAGAUCAGGACAACAUGGUGACGCUGGUGCUGCAGGUCCACUCAGCAGAGACGGACAUCAACGUGCUGUCUGAUCUGAUCUUGGAGCAGCAGCAGGACUAGAAAUCGUUCUCUGGGUUCAUGCAGGUUUUUCUUAAGCUGGUUGAUUGAUCAAAUAUUAUUUUCCUCCAAAGCAACUACAGCAAAUCGUACUGGUUAAUCAGUGCAAAGAUCUUAUAAAUUAUCAGAUGAGUGGUGGAAUUUUCUGUUGACAGUCCAACACACAUAAUUUAAGUAUGAGGCUCACUGUUUCUCUCUUCUUUGCAUACCUCCCUAUAGCAAGAGCCUAGAGACUGUACUAAACAUGACACAUUAUGUAAAUCCUGUUUACUUGUUGUUAGAGACGGACCAGUUUUGCUAGUGUCGGACUCUACUCGACCAGUUUUUGUCUGUCCACUCUAAAACAACAACCUUGACUCUUGCUCAUCCUUCAGUGGCCUCGACCCACCCACACCCAUCUGCAUCUCCACAUCUGCUGGAUGAAAUGCUGUAUAAUUUUGUCCAUGGUUUGCAGAGGAUGAUUGAAUUUGAACCCCUGACUUUUUACCUCUCGUCAUCAGGUUAAAAUAUUGAUAUGUCCAGUAGUUUCAACCAAAAAUACCUGCAAAACUAACAGCAUUCCCACAAGCCGCUAUAGUCUUAGCAUGCUAAACUAGCACAUGAACACAGUAAACAUUAUACUUGCUAAACAUCAACAUGCUACUGAUGCAUACUGGUGUUAGCAUUUAGCUCAAAUACAACCUCACAAAGCCACUAGCAGACUCUUAAGUCUUAUUUAAUGUCUUUUUAAAAGCACAACCGAUGCAUAAUGACGGCAGCCAUCUUCCUCAGGGUUGUUUUACUGGCCCUUAUUAGGCGACCACACACCUCUUGAAAAACGCGGUGUGCAUCAGUUGUGUUUUUCAUCAUCUUCCUACUCUCUCUUUUGUACUUCACUAUCGUUAGGCCCAGCACUGAGUUUAAGAAAAGAAUUAAAUGUGCUUAAAUGUGACAUUUUUAAGAGAGGAUUACUAUAUUUGAAAAAUUUAAUUUUUAGACUUCAGAUUUUAUAGCUACCAGCUGGUUUACCAUCAGGACCAUCGGGUGUGAGGGGUGCCCGGGUGAAGUUUAGAAUAAAAUAUUCUGUACCCUCAAUUAUAUAUUUUUAACUUAUUUUAACCAGUGUGCCUAGAUGAGGAAUCUGAACUUCAUGAGGGAAAACCAAACUAAAAGGUGUAAGCAAGUGAAAGCGAGUGAAAUUUACCUUGACAUCUCUGUGACUGAAGAUCAGAUCCUCAAUCCAACUUCUCAAAUGCAAUUUUUAACAAAUUUUACCAAGUGUGAAAUACAAUAAUCAUGUUUGUAUUGUUUGUAUUUGUAUUUGUUCUGCUGUUUAUUGUUUCAUUAAAUCGGUUUAUGAAGACCCUCAGAGUAUUUCUUGAUUGAAGGGAUAAAAUUGAAGAUAAAAUCUAAUAAGUUGCUGUUGGGUUUGAACGUGUUUCUGCUGCACUGUGUCUCUGCAGUACUUGUUUCUGUUUUCGCUGUCCCAGAACCAGCAGCUUAAAAUCAUCUCAAUCUAGAAAACUGGAGGAAAAAGAAUAAACUUAUUUUGAGCUGGA